GAGACCCUCUCUGCCCUCAGCCGACACCAUGCUCUCCGCGCGGACCACCUGCAGCCUGCUGCUCCUCAGCCUGCUCUGGGUGGACGUGGCCAUGGCCGGCUCCAGCUUCCUGAGUCCCGAGCACCAGAAAGCACAGAGGAAGGAGGCCAAAAAGCCGCCAGCGAAGCUGCAGCCCCGAGCGCUGGGAAGCCAGGACGACGGGGCAGAGGACGAGCUACAGAUCCAGUUCAGCGCCCCCUUUGAUGUGGGGAUCCAGCUGUCGGGGGCUCAGUACCAACAGCACGGCCAGGCACUGAGCAAGAUCCUGCAGGACAUCCUUCAAGAAGAGACCAAAGGUGAGCCUGCAUUCACUCCUGAAACUGCAGUGAAAGAGCCUGUGGACCAAGUGCAGCCUUCUCCCACUCUACCCUUGACCUCCACGACCCUGGGCUCUGCAGUGACCAUGCUCAACGAGGCACCGGCCGGGAGCUAA